AUGGCGAGGAAAGCGGAGUUGGAGGGUCCUUAUUCCCCGCUGCCGCUUCGGGAAGUCUCCGGUCGCCAUGUUGGAAAUCCCCUAACUUCAGUUGUCGUGCCGGGGCAUCCCCGACCCCAGGCGCGGCAGGACAGGAGCAACGAGGGAACAGCCCGGCACCGGGUCAGAACUGGAACGCACCGGGUCAGAACUGGAACGCCUGGAACAGGAGCUGAAGGGAAACACAUGCAAAGACCCGGCCGGCGGCCCCAGUCGCCGGGGUGUCUCCGAUCCUGGGCGCGGCCGGACCGGAGGAACGAGGGAACAGCUCGGCACCGGGUCAGAACUGGAACGCCUGGAACAGAGGCUGAACAGAACACUUGCAAAACCUGGCAAAAACCUGGCAGCUCUGGCCACCAGGGCACCCCCGGCCCCGGGCGCCCCCGGGCGCUGCCGGACAGGAGUAGCGGGGGGGAACAGCUCAGCACGGGCUCAGAACCAGAACGCAUGGAACAGAGGCUGGAGAACUGGAGAGAACGUUUGUGCAACAUGGACUGCAGUAUACAUUGCCAUCAAGAGCCUGGAUUUGUUUCGUGGAUGACCUCCCUGUAGAUACUGGGAUGCCCUCCUCACUGAAGCCAUGUGGUGGUUUAACACCAGCAGGAAAUUAAACUCCAAGUAAGACACUUCCGAUCUCCCUCCUUCUGGCAUGGGUGGGACAAAAGCAGAGACUAUGGGCUGAGGUAAAAAUUUACUGAAAACAAAAAACAACGGAAAAAGAAAUGCACAAUAACAAUAAAAAUAAUACCAAAACUACUCAAAGAGAGGUGUUUUACGCCCCAAAAAUUAUUCACUACUGGGAACAAAAACAAGAUGGCAUAUGGUCUCUGCAGGUCAUGUCCAGUGGCUUCUCUAGGCAAAGAAAAUAUGGUGACUGUUACUAUGUGCCACCCAUGUGGCAGUAGAUAACAAAGGCAAGAUGGCAAGGGGAAUUCCAUGGAUAGUGCUUACCACACUGCUAGACAAAAGCAAUGACAUAUCAAUGACAAGCAAACCCUUUGAAAGCUGCUCAUCUGAUUGGAUCCCAUUGGAUCCGAUUGGAUCCACUGGGCUCCAGUCUGCACAGGGUCCUCAGCUGCUGUUUCUACUGCUCAGCUGUGCUGGAGAUCAGUCUUGCUGUUGUUGCUGCUUUCCAUUCCACUGCACUUCUUUUGGUCAGUUCAGCUGGGUUUAGCUGAGCUUCCUUCCACUGGGCUCCACAGUUUUGCCCAGGUUGGUGUCACCUCCUGCUGCUCCUUUCCCCUUGGCAGUAUCUGCACAAGAGCUGUCGGUUCAGCGCUACAGUCAAUUCACAUUAUCGCUGCUUUCCUUUCAGCACAAAUCCCAAAACCACAGCCUGGAGCUGUGUGAGCAUGACCAAUACCUUGAUGUUAUUCUGUACCAUCUUACAUGAUUGCCAGGGCCAAGGAAAAUAAUUGUUUCCAGAAAGAAAGGGUGUUCCUUUCCUGUUGAGGGGAAAGCAUGGAGGGCAGAGAGUCUGUCUACCAUUGUUUUUUAUUGUUCUGAGAUUAGUGAGAAUUUUGCAUGUAAAUCACCCUCUCUUUGUACACUUUUGCUAUUAGUAUUCUUGCUGUUACUGUUUGUUUUCUCAUCUCAUUGCUGUUCCAAAUAAAUUCUUCCUGUGAUCAUUGACUUUUUUGCUUCUAGCUGUUGGGCAAAUGGAGAGAGAGUGCUGGAGCAGUUUCAGUGGCAGCACUAAGUUGGGAAAUACUAUUCCCACAAUAUGACAAUUUGUUUCUGGCUUUCAGGCUUCGUAUCAUCCAUUAACCAUGGCACUCUAAGCCUGAUCACUUAGACAUUUUUUAUCGAUCCACUAGUUCAUCCAUACAGACUACAAGGUCCAAAUUUGAAUAAAAGACACUGUGCAAAAAUAUUGUGUGUAUUUAGUCUUGCCAAAGUCAGGGUAAAUAAAAUUCAUUGUUCUUUCCUCCUCCACAACAUAGAAGACAACCAGGUCAGGUCCCAUU